AUGUUGUCUGGACCGGAACCCAGUUCCAGUGAAGGAGAGGGCGACAAAAGAUCCUCAGUCGGCAGCGACCAGGAAGAGUCGCCGUGUCACUUCCUCCAAGACGAGGCUGACAGCAUGAUGCAUCUGAGCCAAGAGGUCGGCAACAUGUCGCUAUCGCCCGGCCCCUUUCGACGCCACGCCAAACGCCUGAAAGUCGACUUCCUUUCCGAAGGUCUGGAAGACAAGUCAAGUCCAGCAAUCUCGUCCUCAGAUGCGCUGGUGCCCGCACUACCUCUCCUUUCAGAUGUGGAUACCGCACCCUGUUUGGACCCCAUCCUCGCCGCCGCACAUCAUUUCCACUCGUUGGGAGUCGUGACCAUCACCUUCGACCUUGAGGAGGAGCGCAAUAAGAAGAGCGAAGUCAGGAAGGCCGCAAAGGAUAUGGGGUACUGGAAGCGGGCCAACCACGACAAUUGCCUGAGCGAGAAGUUUGCCAGGCCUGGGCGGAACUCCAUCGCCAUCAUCACGGAGGAGUCCGACCUAUUUGCAGUCGACGUCGACGUGAAGGAUGGGGGCUUUGAGGCGCUACAGCAGAUGCUCGAGGAGCACGACAACUUCCCAGAGGACACGCCCCGCCUGACGACGGGGAACAAGGGCAUGCACGUCCUCUUCUCCCUGUCCAAGUCCGAGGAGGCCGGUCUGCGGAACGGCAGCAAUCGGACCCGGAUCCGGUACAAGGGAGAAAAGGUGGGCAUCGACAUUCGCGGCAGAGGGGGGAUGCUGUACACGGCACCCAGCAGCUACCAGGGGCUUGACGGCGAGCUCCGGCGCUACGAGUGGGAUCACGAGAUCCUCCCCGACCGCUCUAAUCUCAUGGCAAUUCCGGAUUGGCUGAUUGCCAUCCUGAAUGAGGACCAAUCGGGACCGCCGCAGCAACAAGCCAAAGGCGGGCAUCCCUCGAGCUGCCUGCCCCCGUCGUGGGAGUUUUUUGAUAAAGAGCCCGACAUCGCCGUGCUGGAGCGCAUCAAAAGCUGUUUUGCAGAAUGCGGCGACAGUGGUUCGCGCUUCGACAAGCGAAAGGGCAACCUGUACGUCUUCCGGGUUCAAGGAGAGCGGACAUGCCCCUACGGUCAUCACCACCAGGGUUCCAACAAUCUUUCAAUCCUGGUGAAGGGCAGCAGUUUCUAUUACCACUGCAACUCGUCCGAGUGCCAGUCCAUCAUGCCACGGAAGCAGAUCGGCGACUUGAGUGGUGUCGAGGAAGAAGCACGUGGCUCUGUGCGACCAGUGGAUGUUGAUGGAGAUGAAGCCGUGCUCGGGAUUGUGUACACUUCGGCGGGCUUCUACAUGUGGACCGGGAAGGUGUACGAGCGGGCUCAUGACGUUCAAGUGCUGUACAUCCUCAUGCACCAGCUGAGCACGAUCAUCGACCGUGUCAGGCGCGAGCUGCGAGAGGAAGAGAGGAAAAUCCCCAAAGAUGACAAGGCCAAGCUAGAGAUAGUCGAGGCGAAGCUCAAGCUGCUUCGUGACUACAAUAACAGGCGUACCACGGAGGACACGUUGAAGGUUGUGAAAGGAAAGUUGUUCUCGAACACGUUUCUUAACGAGCUCGACCGCAAUCCUGACAUCCUCAACGUGAGCAACGGAGUGAUCGACUUGCGCACUGGCAAGCUCGACAUCCACCGCCCACGAUACAUGUGCACGAAGCUUGCAGAAACGAUCUAUAGCGGGCUCGAGCUUCCCUCCCCUCGGAUCGAAGACUUCUUCAACGAUGUGUUCAAAGGAGAGGAGGAGGUCAUCCGGACCCUCCAGAUUGUGCUCGGCUACGGCAUGACGGGGUCGAAGGCUUGCGAGAUCAUGGUCUUCUGGAUCGGAUUGGGCGGGAAUGGGAAGGGCGUGACCAAGGAGAUGUUGGAGAAAGCUUUGGGACCCUACUGCGGGGUCAUGUCCACGGACGUGGUGGUGAGAACGGCGGGGCAGAGACCGGCGUCCAAAGGCGCUCCCACUCCCCAUGUAUGCAUGCCUUGA